AUGCCACGUCGAAAUUGUUAGUAUGCACGUCAACCAUGACACUUAAUCUGUUAAUAUUAUGAAAAGGACCACUGAAAAUUACACUGUAGAAGUAGAAUCGAACACGAGUAUAGCAAACUCCCAGACCAAUCAGCCUCAGGACUUGAAGGUGAAGAACGUCGUAAGCGAGACCAACCUGUCGAUCGAAGCGAUAACGGACAGCAGUCAAAAGCGCCGCGACUUGGAGAAAAUGGAGGACACGGACGUGGAGAACGCCUCCGGCUACAGCAACGUCAGCAUGAGCUACUCCUACAUCGACGUGGCCGAGAAGUUCGAAGACCUGAACAUUGCGGCGAGUCUGAGCUUCCAGAACUUGGAGCGCAGCAACGACUCGAAGGAGCCACGCCACUACGAAAUACAGGGCACGUCCAAGCGUCUGACGCGUGGCGUCUCGAACGAGAAGAUGCCCAGCAACGCCAGGAUCGGCGAAGACCUGGACAACUACAUCGAUUUCAUACCGCUGGACGAGAACACCAAGUCGUUUUACGUGUCGCAGAACUUCGAGCAGCGCAAGAAGUCGGUGAAUUUCUCGCCCAAUUCGGAGUACAGAUUCCCGGAGCCUGUUAGACCGGUGGACGUGGCGUCCAAGGGCAGGGACGUGGACCUACCGGCGUCCACGUCCAAACUCUCCCUGGUGGAGGAGGUGAAGAGCACCAUCGGCUUGAAAAACCAGUACAAGUCCGACUCGGAGAAGGACUACGACUUGAGUGUCAAGUCUAGUUCCAGUUGCACCACCAUCGAACAAACGUCGGAGCACAGCGAAAUCGCCCCCGACCACCAAGAAAUCCUGUCCAUGAUAUCCGAGACUGAUAAAUAAAACGACCCUUAUUUAGAUUGUACACGUAAUAUUAGUAACAUUCGAUUUUUAUUAGUUAGUAGACUAAUACACCAGUACUUGUAUAAAAAUUUUGUUGUCACAGUCAAUUUGAGCAAUUUUUUUUUUUUUGCCCGGCUAUUCUGAAAUAAAAGUCUUAGAAACGA